AUGGCGGUGGUUUCAGGACGUCCAGAAGCUCUCGAUCACGCUAGCCCUUUCGGGAAGUAUUCCGACCAAUUACUUGCCUGUUUCCUGUGGCUGGUGAGCCCAGGCGCGCGCCACAUUUCAGCCUUUGGCCUCUUGUCGCGAAAGCGCGCCAUCAAAGUUGCGUCGCUCGCACAGCCAACCUCAUCCAGAGCUCGCAACAGCCUUCAUUGGGAUUCCAGUUCUAGGCAACACAUCGCCUCUACUUCUUCUCAUCAUACACGUCGAAUCCCGGUUGAAAACAGCAAAAUGUCCGAAUCCGACGAGCCCAUUGAUCCCAUUGACGAGGGCGGCGAUGAUCUUUUUGGCGAUGAUUCCGAUGCUGGCGACGCGGCACCAUCGCCGGCCAAGCAGCAGAUCCUAGACGAUGACGACCUCGCCUCCGACCCAGAUGAAGAUGCGCGGCCAAGACAUCGGGGCUAUUCGCCGGAACAAGACCAGGAGAUGCGCGAUGCGAUCGUCUUAGAUGUCACCACGUAUCGCCAUCCCAUACCGAAACCAAGUGAUGGCGUUCUUCGGACAAUGAAGGUCCCCGAAUUUAUAACCUUCCAGCCCGAACAGUACAACUCGGAAACCUUUGAGCCCACAGAAGCCGACAUUGCCAAUGCAAAAUCGGAACGGCCACAAUACGACGUCCGUUUCCGACGGGACGAAGCUACGGGCAAACUCGUCAGCAACACCAAUAUUCUUCGCUGGAGCGACGGCUCGGUUACCAUCUCCGUAGGGGGUGAGCAGUACGAGAUUUACAGGAAGCCACUCGCCCCAGCACCAGGGCAGCCAUACAAUGCGAAACAGGAUGCGCACCACUAUGCUGCCGCUGCGGAGCUCAGCAGCAAUCUGUUGAUGACAGUGGGCCACAUCACGGAGCAGUACAGCGUCCGACCCAACAAGUCCAUUGGUGAUGAAGCCAUGGCACAGCUCACGAAGCGCUUGGCCGCCGAGAAGGGAGGAACUGCGGCCGAUAUGAUCAUCCGACAGACCGAAGACCCCGAACUGGCGAAGCGCAAGGCUGAGCAGCUGGAGAAGGAGAGGAACAAGGCGCUCCGGAAACAAGAGAAUGCGAACGCGAAACAGGAGUUCGGAUUGGGCCGCUCCGGCCGUGGCGGUCUGUCGAUCGGUGCUCUCGAGGGCGCUGGCGGCGGCAGGAAGAGGGGCGCCCCUGGUGCGAAGCCCAAACGCCGUCGGCCUGAGUAUGACUCGGAUGAUGAUCUGCCACAAGGUGUAGGACGCCAGGAGAAGUAUGAUUUGGAAGACGGCUUCCUGGUCGACAGCGACGAGGAGGAAGAGGGAUACGAGGAUGAUGAUGACAUCCUGGACGAUGUGGAGGAGAAGCCGAGGAAACGACACAGGACGGAGGAGGCAUCUGAGGUAGAGGAAGACGCCUCGGGCGACGAGCUUGAGCCGGCGCCCGAGGCAGCAUCACGGAGCAGGCGUCGCAAUGUUGUCGACAGCGACGAUGAAUAAGAUGGUUGGGAUCUGGGUACAUUUCUUGGCGUUUGAAUCGUCCUCGCGGAGCAUUUGGUCAAUGGUAGCUUUCAUCAGUGGUGUGCACUGGGAUAAUCGUGUUGCUCGAGGUUGAGUCUCUUUCAGUGGGAUAUGCUCGGUGAUUCAAUACACAAUGUGAGCUGAGCAACAUGCCCGCUAUUGCAAAGUCAUCCGCUUCCAACGUUCUGUUCACACGGAAUACAUCUUGCGCAGGCAUGUAUCGGCAACGAAGGCUUCUUGGGGAGAAGCAGUAACCGUCACAGGGGGCAGCAAUUAGGCUCACAUUGAGCUCAACUCUAUGACAGAGCUCGACGGAGCCGCCUUUCAGCUCUGAAUGAUAUAAAACCAGUCAAUUUCUUUUCCGAUGAGAGGUACGGAGUAAAGG